CAUUAUACUAGUAUUAGUACUAGGGUUUAAGCGUCAACGUCGAUUUUUAGUUUGCCUAAAACCCUUGUGAAGUUGGGUCCAGCAAAAUCAUGGCUGCUGUGGAGAUAGACCUUGGGAAGCUUCCAUUUGACAUAGAUUUUCAUCCAUCGGAUCACCUCGUUGCUGCUGGUCUCAUCUCUGGUGACCUCCUCUUGUAUCGUUACAUUGCUGAUUCUCCAGCCCAAAAGUUGUUAGAAGUUAAAGCUCAUAGUGAAUCAUGUAGAGCUGUUCGGUUUAUCAACGAAGGCCGUGCAAUUGUGACGGGAUCUCCGGAUUUUUCUAUCCUUGCAACGGAUGUUGAGACCGGUACAGAAAUUGUUCGCCUAGAGAAUUCCCAUGAGGCUGCUGUUAAUCGAAUAGUUAAUUUGACGGAGUCAACUAUUGCUUCUGGAGAUGAUGAAGGAUGCGUUAAGGUAUGGGAUACCAGACAACGCACCUGCUGCAGUUCUUUUAAUGCACAGGAAGAAUACAUUUCAGACAUUACUUUUGCAGCCGAUUCCAUGAAACUAUUGGCAACAAGUGGCGAUGGGACACUUACUGUAUGCAAUUUAAGGAGCAAUAAGAUCCAAACUCGUUCUGAAUUUUCUGAAGAGGAGCUGCUUUCUGUGGUGAUUAUGAAGAAUGGUAGAAAAGUAAUAUGUGGUACUCAGUCUGGAACUCUGUUACUCUACUCAUGGGGGUUUUUCAAGGAUUGCAGUGAUCGCUUUAUCGAUCUAUCACCGAACUCUAUAGAUGCAUUACUGAAACUUGAUGAAGAUAGAGUAAUAACAGGGUCGGAGAAUGGAAUUAUCAGUCUGGUUGGCAUAUUACCAAACAGGAUUAUUCAGCCAAUUGCCGAGCAUUCAGAAUAUCCUGUUGAGCGUCUUGCUUUUUCUCAUGAUAAAAAGUAUCUUGGAAGUGCAUCACACGACCAGUUACUGAAACUGUGGGAUCUGAAUGAGUUGCUGCAAGAUUCUGCGGAUGGUGAGAAGAAUGAUUCAGCUGCUGAAGACAGUGAUACCGAUGGGAUGGAUGUUGAUGAUAAUGAUCCAAAAUCUUCCAAAGGGAGCAAGAAGAAAAAUGUAAAUAAAGGGAAAGAUCCUGGGACUUCGAGCGACUUCUUUUCAGAUUUAUGAUCCAAUGUCUCAUUGGCCUCGGAAGGGCCUAACCAAUGGCUAUUCAAGCAAAAAUCAUUCAUCAAUUGUGUCAUUUUGAGUGCUUCCUGUGUGGCUGUCACGUGAACUGGCCACUAUGGAUAGAAAAGAGGUAAUGCUCCCUCCCCUGCUCCAGUGUUUCCCCUCACAUUAAUUUGAUGCUGAGGUCUCUGAUGCUUCUGGAGGCGUGCAUUAUACAAGUUUUUGGAGAAUCCAAUGGUUAGCUUUAAUUAAUUUCUUUGAGAAAUGUUGAUGCGAUAACUUUUAAUUCUGUUGAUAGGCUUAUGUAGUAUUGGCGCAUUGAUCUUUGGAGGAAUCAAUAUAUCCAUCCAUGUAAUGGAAUAUUUAGUCCCUGUAGAAAGAGAGUUUUUAUCUAUUGACCUCUGUUUGACUGUAUCUCUGCUGAAGUUUCUUUAUUGGUACAUUGGAAAAGACUAAAUAAACUUGUUAAAAUCUUUCAUAA